GAUUGCCCCAGAGGGGGGGAAGGACCCCAGCGCAGCCGCCGCGGAGACUUGCUGCUCCUGUUCGCUCCCUGACUGUCUUUCUUCCAGGCAACAGGAGGAUCCAGACUGGCCAGGAAGACGAGCUCUCCUUACCGCGCUAGGCGGCAGAGCGCGCCUGAGCUCAGAUACCUCCGAAAAGUUCUCCAAACUCGCCAUGGCCCCGGCGGUCGGCGCCGUCGGCUUGCUGGCGGCGCUCGCCUCCUUCGUCGCCCCCUCGGCUGCCCUUCUCGGAGCAGCCCGCGGCCAGUUCUCCGCAGGGGGUUGUACCUUUGAUGAUGGACCAGGGCCCUGUGAUUAUCAUCAAGAUCCCUAUGAUGACUUUGACUGGGUUCAUGUUAGUGCUCAAGAGCCUCACUACCUGCCACCUGAGAUGCCUCCAGGCUCAUACAUGAUAGUGGAUUCUUCACACCACAGCCAUGGAGAAAAGGCUCGCCUCCAGCUUCCUACGAUGAAAGAGAAUGACACUCACUGUAUCGAUUUCAGCUACCUUUUGUACAGCAAAAAGGGGGCAAGCCCUGGAACACUGAACAUCUUAGUUAGGGUAAACAAAGGUCCUCUGGCAAAUCCUAUUUGGAAUGUGACAGGCUCCACCGGCAAAGACUGGCUGCGGGCAGAGCUGGCUGUCAGCACCUUCUGGCCAAAUGAAUAUCAGGUAAUAUUUGAGGCUGAAGUCUCAGAUGGAAGAAAUGGCUACAUUGCCAUUGAUGAUAUCCAAGUCCUGAGUUACCCUUGUGAUAAAUCUCCUCAUUUCUUGAGGCUGGGGGAUGUGGAGGUCAAUGCAGGCCAGAACGCUACAUUUCAAUGCAUUGCCACAGGGAGAGAUGCCGUGAAUAACAAGUUAUGGCUGCAGAGACGGAAUGGGGAAGAUAUUCCAGUGGCCCAAACUAAAAACAUAAAUCACAGACGAUUUGCAGCCACUUUUAAACUCCAGGAAGUGACAAAAACAGACCAGGAUUUAUAUCGGUGUGUCACUCAGUCUGAGAGAGGAUCUGGAGUCUCCAACUUUGCUCAACUUAUUGUUCGAGAACCACCUCGACCAAUAGCACCACCACAACUGCUUGGCGUUGGACCAACAUAUUUGCUGAUUCAGCUGAAUGCUAACUCAAUUAUUGGGGAUGGCCCUAUUAUCCUGAAAGAAGUUGAAUACCAUAUGACAACUGGGACCUGGACUGAAACUCAUGCUGUAAAUGCACCAACCUACAAGCUGUGGCACUUGGACCCAGACACAGAAUAUGAGAUUCAUGUUCUUCUAACCAGACCCGGAGAAGGUGGCACUGGUCAGCCUGGCCCUCCACUUAUCACCAGAACCAAAUGUGCAGAACCAAUGAGAACACCAAAAACUCUGAAGAUUGCUGAAAUCCAUGCCCGACGUAUUGCUGUGGAUUGGGAGUCCUUAGGAUACAACAUUACUCGCUGCCACACUUUUAAUGUUACCAUCUGCUACCAUUACUUCCGUGGUCAUAAUGAAAGCAAGGCAGACUGCUUAGAUAUGGAUCCCAAAGCACCACAGCAUGUUGUGAAUCACCUGCCUCCUUACACAAAUGUAAGCCUCAAAAUGAUCCUGACAAAUCCUGAAGGGAGGAAAGAGAGCGAGGAAACCAUUAUCCAAACAGAUGAAGAUGUACCUGGUUCUGUACCUGCAAAGUCACUAAAGGGAACCCCAUUUGAAGACAAGAUCUUUCUAAACUGGAAGGAACCUAUGGAUCCAAAUGGCAUCAUCACACAAUAUGAGGUCAGUUACAGCAGUAUAAGGUCAUUUGAUCCCGCAGUUGCAGUGGCUGGGCCAGCUCAAACAGUGUCAAAGCUAUGGAACAGUACCCAUCAUGUUUUUUCCCAUUUACAUCCUGGGACCACCUACCAGUUUUAUAUAAGGGCCAGCACCGUCAAAGGGUUUGGACCAGCUACAGCUAUCAACGUAACCACCAACAUUUCAGCCCCCACGUUACCAGACUAUGAAGGCAUUGAUGCAUCUCUCAAUGAAACUGCUACAACCAUAACAGUACUGCUGAGACCAGCCCAGGCCAAAGGUGCUCCAAUCAGUGCCUAUCAGAUUGUUGUUGAAGAAUUGCAUCCUCAUCGAACCAAACGAGAAACAGGUGCAAUGGAUUGCUACCAGAUACCCAUCACAUAUCAGAAUGCUCUCAGUGGUGGUUCUCCGUAUUAUUUUGCUGCAGAACUGCCACCUGGUAACCUUCCUGAAGCAGCCCCUUUCACAGUUGGAGACAACAGAACUUACCAGGGCUUCUGGAACCCACCUUUGGCUCCUCGGAAGGGGUAUAAUAUCUACUUCCAAGCCAUGAGCAGUGUUGAGAAGGAAACCAAAACUCAGUGUGUUCGAAUUGCUACCAAAGCAGCAGCAACAGAAGAACCGGAGGUAAUUCCUGAUCCAGCGAAGCAGACAGAUCGUGUUGUGAAAAUAGCAGGAAUAAGUGCUGGAAUUUUAGUUUUCAUUCUCCUCCUACUACUUGUCAUACUAAUUGUCAAAAAAAGCAAACUUGCUAAGAAACGCAAAGAUGCAAUGGGGAAUACUAGACAAGAAAUGACCCAUAUGGUGAAUGCGAUGGACAGGAGUUACGCCGAUCAGAGCACCCUACAUGCAGAGGAUCCUCUUUCAGUCACUUUUAUGGACUCCCAUAACUUCAGCCCUAGAUAUGAAAACCACAGUGCAACAGCAGAGUCAAGUCGUCUGUUAGAUGUGCCUCGCUAUCUCUGUGAAGGAACUGAGUCCCCAUACCAAACAGGCCAACUACAUCCUGCUAUCAGAGUAGCUGAUUUGUUGCAACAUAUUAACCUCAUGAAAACAUCUGACAGCUAUGGUUUUAAAGAAGAAUAUGAGAGCUUCUUUGAAGGGCAGUCAGCUUCUUGGGAUGUGGCCAAAAAGGAUCAAAACAGAACAAAGAACAGAUACGGAAACAUUAUAGCAUAUGACCACUCCAGAGUGAUAUUACAACCAGUUGAGGACGACCCUUCCUCAGACUACAUUAAUGCUAAUUACAUUGAUAUUUGGCUGUACAGGGAUGGAUACCAGAGGCCAAGUCACUACAUUGCAACCCAAGGUCCAGUCCAUGAAACUGUGUAUGAUUUCUGGAGAAUGAUAUGGCAAGAACAAUCAGCCUGCAUCGUUAUGGUUACAAAUUUAGUUGAGGUUGGGCGGGUUAAGUGCUACAAGUAUUGGCCUGAUGAUACUGAAGUUUAUGGGGACUUCAAAGUCACUUGUGUUGAAGUGGAACCACUUGCAGAGUAUGUUGUCAGGACAUUCACCCUUGAAAGAAGAGGUUACAAUGAAAUCCGUGAAGUUAAACAGUUCCACUUUACUGGCUGGCCAGAUCAUGGGGUACCUUACAAUGCAACAGGCCUUCUUUCAUUUAUACGUCGUGUGAAACUGUCCAACCCUCCUAGUGCAGGGCCUAUUGUUGUGCAUUGCAGGUGUGUAGAAAAGAGUGCUGGAGCUGGACGAACUGGCUGUUACAUUGUAAUUGACAUCAUGCUAGACAUGGCAGAAAGAGAAGGUGUUGUGGAUAUCUACAAUUGUGUCAAAGCAUUACGUUCACGGCGCAUCAAUAUGGUACAGACAGAGGAACAGUAUAUAUUUAUUCAUGAUGCAAUUCUGGAAGCCUGCUUAUGUGGAGAAACAGCCAUCCCAGUCUGUGAGUUUAAAGCUGCAUAUUUUGACAUGAUAAGAAUAGAUUCUCAGACAAACUCUUCACAUCUCAAAGAUGAAUUUCAGACCCUGAAUUCUGUGACUCCUCGACUACAGGCUGAGGACUGCAGUAUAGCAUGCUUGCCAAGGAACCACGACAAGAACCGCUUUAUGGACAUGCUGCCACCUGACAGAUGUCUGCCUUUCUUAAUUACUAUUGAUGGCGAGAGUAGCAACUAUAUCAAUGCUGCCCUUAUGGACAGCUACAGACAACCUGCUGCUUUUAUUGUCACACAACACCCUCUGCCAAACACUGUGAAAGAUUUCUGGAGAUUAGUAUAUGACUAUGGCUGCACCUCUCUUGUGAUGUUAAAUGAAGUUGAUUUAGCACAGGGUUGCCCACAGUAUUGGCCAGAAGAAGGGAUGCUGAGAUACGGACCUAUUCAGGUGGAAUGCAUGUCUUGCUCAAUGGACUGUGAUGUAAUAAACAGAAUUUUCAGAAUAUGCAAUUUAACAAGGCCUCAGGAAGGCUAUCUGAUGGUACAACAAUUCCAGUAUCUUGGAUGGGCAUCUCACAGGGAUGUGCCAGGCUCCAAACGGUCAUUCUUGAAGUUAAUUCUUCAAGUUGAAAAGUGGCAAGAAGAAUGUGAAGAAGGGGAAGGGAGAACUAUAAUUCACUGUCUGAAUGGUGGAGGACGAAGUGGAAUGUUCUGUGCCAUUGGCAUAGUAGUUGAAAUGCUUAAAAGGCAAAAUGUCAUCGAUGUUUUCCAUGCAGUAAAAACUUUACGGAACAGUAAGCCAAACAUGGUAGAAACACCGGAGCAAUAUCGUUUCUGUUACGAUGUCGCACUGGAGUACCUUGAAUCGUCUUAGUGUGAAAAGAUGGGUACAGUCAAGUGAACCAAAUAAUAUGACAUGUAAUGAACUGUGUUUUGGCAUCAGCUGUUGAACCUCUGAAGAAAGAUUUUAGUGAAGGGGAAGACUUAAUUUUUAAAUGCAAAAAGUAUUUUUCUUAAUAAAUGUUGUACCUUAAUUAUAUAUAAAUAUACAUAUAUAUAAAUAUAUAAAUAAAUAAAAAAGAACUGUUUCUAUGCUUGUACACAGUAUGAUAUAGAGUGCCACAAAUGUAAAGAGCUGAUGCAGAGCACGUCUGCUGUUUGAGGUAGGACAUUUGAGUGUGCGUACAUUCAGCUGUUUCUCAGUUAUACUAAAACCGCCAUCCGUUGCAUGUAUCUGUUUCUAUUCAGCGUUUUAGUUCUUUGUCCUUAAUUUGAGGCUGUUAAAGAUAAAGCAAAACUGUAUAGAUAGUCUCAAUAUGUUUCAUGUGUUGCAAGAAUAUCAUAUAUAUACACACACACAUGUAUAUGAUAUAUAUGUAUAACUGGAUUUUUUUAUUCUGUUCUGUUUUGUUGUAAUGUGCAAUGACGGCCUGAUCAAAGUUCUUUAUAGAGUAAUCUAAACAUAAGCCAAAGACUCAAGUGUAAAUAUGUCUAUAUGGAGAAGAAAGCACAUUGUAUUUAUUGUUUACUGACAUUCCUUUUAUGAUAGCUGAACAAAACUUUUUUUCUUGGAAAUUUUUGUUGCUGCAGAAAUCAAGUGUAAAUGUUUUUUGUAGAUUAUUUUUUGUAUUUUUUGUGUGAGAAGACAGAGAGAUGGAGAGGGAGAGGGAGGGGAGAAAGACUUUUUAUGUGUAGACCAGAAAACAUUUGAUACUGUAGUUUUGUUGUUGUGUAUAUGAUUAUAAAUGAAAUCCAUGUAAACAACUUGGAUACAGAAGGCCAGAAUCAAAACCUCAUUGUCCAAAUGUAUAUUUUUCACCCACAUUUUAAUACUAUGAAUCAAAUGGAAACUGCACACACACAUGGCCUUGCUUAUGACUUGCAAAAUGGUGGGAGCAACUCCAUUACUUUCUUCAAAGGGACAAAUGGGUUACCAGCGGAUCCUUGAAACCCAGACCAAAAAAGAAACUAAUUGUCUUGAAAAAAUACUGCAUGUGAAUGACCACACUUCUUUUAAUGUUUACAGGUAGAGGAUGCAAUCCUAGGCAACCAUAGCAUGGGCAAGGGAGAGGUGCAUGCAGCCUUCUCCCCACCAGUACUCCCCCAUUCUGAAAGUGUUCCUGCAUUCAGCCCUCUUUUUCAUUUAGAACUGGCCUCCAGUUCCGUGAAAUGAUCAGCUGCAUUACAGACUUUAAAAAUACCUCCAGAGAUGCAUACACUUUCCCCCGUGGUUGUCUUGAUCUGUAGCAAUGGGAGCUUUGUGUUUUGGCAAAUCCAAAACAGAGUCAAUCAUUUCCAGAAUUAGGCUGCAGCCUGGUAUGCAACAUAUCCAUAUUUUUACUUUACUCUUCAUGUGCAUGUUCAUAAGCCUGGACAUCUUUUCCUGAUGAAAACCAUUCCUGUGUCCCGUUGAUUCUUCUGAUCAAGAAUAAAUGACAAGGUGCUUAUAUAUACUCAUGUAAAGUAAGAGUGAAUUAAAGAAGUUUUAUAACA